UUAUGCUCUUAUUAGCUCAGAGUAUGCAGAGCAAAGGAAGACAAAAUUACUGCGAAUGCGUUGUUAGUAGAAAGCCUCCGCAAUCAUCAUUACUUCCAAAGAUACAAUCCAGAUUGCAAUCGCAGGCACCUCGAGAUGCCAACCGGCAGAGAACUCGGCAAUCCGGAGCCUCACAAGCAGAAACUCCCAGAGAAGGAACCUGCGGGGAUGACAGACAACCCGCCAAACGGAAGGAGGGACGUGAAGCCAGCCCGGUUGGGAGGGGUAAGUGGCAUUUGGAAGCAGAGUCCCUCAUUUCGCGCUUGGCAGCUCGUGGAGCUCUCGCGAUGUUUCCCUGCCGCGGCUGCUGUUGCCGCUUCAGCGCCUUCGUUCGCCCUGUCACUCCGAGGACCCGGGUCUAUGGCGGCGCUGCGAGGUCUCUUGGGUUGGCGCCGUUGUCGUCUCCCCUUGGAGGCGGCACCUCGCCGGCCACUAUGGGGACUGAAGGCCACCGACUCCGGCCGCGAGGGGACCCCGAGUGGACUGAGCAUCGCAGCCGCGGGGGCUGCUGGCGGGGCGCUCGCUUGGCUCGCCUGCUACCACUACUACGACCGCCGCCCGCACCAGUCGCCCCCCGCGCUGGGGCUCGGCAGCCGGAGGGAGCAAGGAGAAACCGGGACGCCGAGCCAAGGCCGAGGACUGCAGCCCAUCCCUGUGGCAGCCGCUGCCAAGGAGAUGUUGGUCACAGAAAACAGACCAGAUCAUGAAGAUUUAGAACUUUAUGCAACUUCCCGGGAACGGCGGUUUCUAACUUUUGCCAGUUUAAAAUUUGAAGGGCAGCUAUUUAUGACACCAUGUGAUUUCAUCCAAUCUGUUUCAAGUGAUGAACCAAAACAGACAAAACAGUGGAAGACACUCUCAAAACAGGAAUUGAAUCAGAUACUUAUUGAAACUCCACCAGUUUGGAAAGGAUCAUCAAAACUCUUCAGGAAUCUCCAAGAAAGGGGUAUAAUUUCUUACACGGAAUAUCUCUUUUUACUAUGUAUCUUAACAAAACCACAUGCUGGUUUUAGAAUAGCAUUCAACAUGUUUGAUACAGAUGGAAAUGAAAUGGUGGACAAAAAAGAGUUCUUAGUGCUGCAAGACAUAUUUAGAAAGAAAAAUGAGAAGAAAGAAAGAAAAGGAGAUGAAGAAAAGCGUGCAAUGCUGUAUCUCCAGCUUUAUGGAUACCACAGUUCUACUAAUGUGCUCAAAACAGCUGGAGAGGACCUUGUUCCAAGAAGCUAUUGGGACACUCUGAGACGUAGCACAAGUCAGGCACUCUUUUCAGACCUUGCAGAGCGUGCAGAUGACUUUACCAGUUUACACUCUGAUACUACGUUGCUGAUACACUUUUUUGGAAAGAAAGGAAAGGCUGAGCUUAACUUCGAAGAUUUUUACAGGUUUAUGGACAACCUCCAGACUGAAGUUCUUGAGAUAGAAUUCCUUUCCUAUUCUAAUGGAAUGAACACCAUCAGUGAGGAAGACUUUGCUCAUAUACUGUUAAGAUAUACAAAUGUGGAAAAUACCUCAAGCUAUCUGGAAAAUGUGCACUGCAGUAUCCCAGAAGAACAAGGCAUUACAUUUGAUGAAUUUAGAUCCUUUUUCCAGUUUUUGAAUAAUCUGGAAGAUUUUGCAAUUGCAAUGCAAAUGUACAAUUUUGCAAAUCGUUCAAUAGGACAAGAUGAGUUCAAGCGUGCAGUGUAUGUGGCUACUGGUUUGAAGCUUUCAUCUCAUUUAGUGAAUACAGUUUUCAAGAUCUUUGAUGUAGAUAAGGAUGAUCAACUGAGUUACAAAGAAUUUAUUGGUAUUAUGAAAGACAGAUUGCAUCGAGGAUUCAGAGGUUACAAAAGCAUACAGAAAUAUACCACUUUCAAAUCCUGUGUGAAGAAGGAACUCAACAGCAGACAAUGAAAGACUUCGCAUAUGAGUUGAAGAACUAUGGUGUUUGCGUGAUGACUGUAAUAGGCAAGCUCUUGUAAAGCUUCGGAAGCACUUUCUGAACUGAAAUAUCCUAAGGUGAAUGCCAAGUCACCUCUACUUUUUCUUUUGCAAGUUGACUACAGAAAUCAGGGAUAGACCAUUAGAACAUACAUUUUUCAGAUGAAACAAUAUCUCAAAAUUCUGGACUGUAAUUUUUAAAGCACUCUACCUAUAUGAUUCAAAAUAUGGCUCAUCUGCUUUUCCUGGAAGGGAUUCAUGUGUAUAUUUUUUAAUGUUUCGUGUAGUUUUUAACUGGUCAUCUGCAGAUUCUUACUUACUUUCAACUUUCUUCCACCAGAGUAGAAUUAUGAUUUAAUGUUUUUCCCCAGUAUUAUAUUUCACUCAAGUUGAGCUCAUGCUAGUAGAGAAAAUUGAAAUGUAAGUCCUUAAAUCAAAAACAAAAGAGUGUGCAUUUACAUAUGAAAAUGCUUUAAAAGUUUUUCAGUGCAGAAAGGGUAGAGCAAUCGAAUAACUUUAUCCAUAACCCAUUUCAGGGAUAGACACUUCACAAAUAGCAUCACUACAUUUACCUGGGAGUAUUUUUUUUUUUUAGCAGAGUGAGACUGUUUCAUUUAAAUUCAUUUAAAUGAUCACAGAAGUCUAUAAAAAUACAGAUGCAUUUAGAAAUGUAUUUUUAAAAAUCAACUGUAGUUUAUUUUCUCAUGCCAUUCCAUUUUUGUAGUUUAUUUCUUAAGCUGAUUAAUGUGCCUAUAAUAAUUACAGUUAUAUAGGAGAAAAUAUUUCCAUUUAGAGUUAUCUUAAAAAUAUAAAAUGAGAUUCAUUUUUAAACAAAAUCUAAUUGUGUGGAUAAAAAUUGUAAAGCUGUCUAUCACUAUGAAUUAUUAAGACAUAGUAUAGAAAGAACCUAAGAUUUUUUAAAGAAAAAUCUAUAGACUAUUUAAAUUGGAUUUUUAAAUUCAAUUUUGAUGUUUUUCAUUAUUGGCAUUAAGUCCUUUAAUUUAAUUGAUCUAAAGAUGGUAGCUUUACUCCAGCACUUUACUAUAACAUUGUAGAUUGAUCGAAGCAUAUUGAUUUUAAAUUUUAUAAUGAUGUAUAAUAAUAAUACAAAAAUAAAUGUAUAUUUAUUUAUUUAUUGUAUGCUGUUCAUGAAACAGCUUGGAUACUAACAACUGUGAGCAGAAUUCUAUUUACAAGAUGGAUCUCUUGCCCUAUCUUUUCCCUACUGCUGCUCCUAUAAGGGCUUCUGAAACCACAGAUUGUGAUAGUAUGAGAAAUCAUCAAAGAUCUCCUUUUCAAAAGCAAAAAUCACUGUUAGAUUCCAAACUAUUCUUUUUUGUGCUUUCUUUAGACAAUCUACUAAAAUACUUUAGAGGCAGUAAAUGAAGAGAAUUUGGGUAACUGACAUAAAACAUGCAUUAAACUGCUGCUACUUAUCUGGUUUUCAUAACUGUAAAAGGAAUGCAAUACCUGUAGAAAUAUCUAGCAUAUUCAGCCACAAAACUUUACUAUUUUUUUACCUACAACAUUUAUCUCAUAUUUUUAUAUAAGCAAAAGGAUUAUAAAUAUAGCUUCCAUUAAUACAUAACAUUAGUUCCUUUAGAGUACAGCUCUAUAUGAGAAUGAGCAUGAUAAGGGACAGCUGGGAAGCACUCUCCAUAGCUUCUUUGCCUCACAAAUAAGCCUUGAAGCUGGAAGGAUAAUAUUCCUCCCCAUUUCUGCUUUUUCACUGUAAUUUAGUAGGGUUCUAGCUAUAUCAAAGACUAAAAUAUCAUAGUUUCCUAAAAUAGCAAAAUAAUGAUAAAUCAGGUUUCAAAUUAUUAUAAGCAUAUCAUUUUUUUCUUUAAAAUAAUCAAGAGCUACAAUUUUCUUAUAGCUCGUGAAUAUAUAAAUGCAAUACAAUUUUUCAGUUGUGAUCCAAGGAUUUGUUUAGAUUCUUACCAGUUACCCGGCAGAGCCUAUCCACAUUUCCACUACUGUAAUACUGGUUCCUAUAAAUGAAUAGAUGUACAAAUAAGCUUGAUUGAAUCACAUAGCCUUCUUCUAUCCUGCCAGUUUUUGAAUAAUGCUGUAAAUCUGUGAACCAAUCUAACAGAGCAGCACUGGAUUUACAGUAUAUAUUAUCUGAUAGCCAGAAGUCAGAGAUUACCUAUAUCCUUAUGCAUGUUUUAAUCUUACGUAACAACUAAUUUCAUUAAAAUAAAAACCAUAAUCAUGGAAUGAGGUUUGUUUUGGACUUGAUCUAAACAUUUUGCUACAUGAAGAGGAAAUGCUUCUGUGACUUCUCUAUCUCUUAAAAAUGUGUAAGAUAGGGGAGAAUAUAGUUUUUCAGACUGCACAGAGCAGUAUGGAAAAUGAUAAAUUAAUAAUUUUUUUAUCAAACAAGGAUAUUAUCUUCUGUUAAGAACCUCUUAUAGGUUAACUGGAAUCAAAUUAGAUGAUACAUAAUUAAGUUUGUGGUGGCAUACUGAAUUAACAAAAACAUUUCUUAAAAUAUACUUAAAACAGAAAAGCUGAGUCAGCCUUAAAAUAGCAAAUUUUAGGAACAACAUAGAAGAUGAUUUAGGACAAACUGGAUACUUGUCCAUAUUUCAAAUAGAAGGGAGAUAUGUCUUACUUUUAGAAAUAAGGCCACUGUGAAUAAAUAUCAGAAAAAAUGUAUUUGAAUUUUUUUUUCAAAAUGUGCAUUUUUACAUGGCUGUUAUUAAAACUGAACAAAGUGCAAAAUUAAUUCAGAUAUUGUUUUCAUUAUCAGUCCUAUUUUAUGUAAGAAUAUAAUACGUUUACUAUACGUUUGAUUAGACAAAACAUUACAACAAUGUACAUAGGCCUGAAGUAUGCUAAAGGUUGAUUGUUAAAUUUGAAUUCAGCAAUAUAUGAUGUAUAUAAAGAAUGUGUCCAAAAUAAUGGGCAAUUCAACACUGAGUAGUUAAUAAUAAAAAUGAAGUAUCCUCUUGGUUAUUUAGUAUAAACAUGAGAAAUGGUUGCACUGAUGGUAGAGGAUGUGUUUUUAUGCCAGUGACAUCAUAUUAUUGACUGAGAACUUAAAUGAUUUUCAGAGAAUGACAGAUUCGCAAUACAGUUAGAACUAUAGAUGGGAAAAUGAAAAAAAGUCAUUUGGCAUGGAGAAUAAAUAAAUGGCAAAAAAUAGAACAAAUGUAUAAAUUUGUGCACCUUGGAGUAUGUUUAAGAAACAUGGGGAAAUGGAUGGAAACUUUUUAUAACAUGUCAACUCUCAUAUAAAAAUAGUAGAUAAUCUCAGAUCUGUUGCAAGAUGCAUUUAUUGAAAAAAUUAAACUGAGUGGACAAA